AUGCAACUUAGAAAUAAGCAAAUACCUUGGACACUAGAAGAAAAAAAUCUGGCUUUGACUUUGUUCUACAAAUCCCCAACAGCCUACAAUUUUUUAAGGCUACAAAAUAUUAACUUACCAGCUCCAUCGACCAUUCGUCGUCGGAUCGAACAGUCAACAUUUUUACCUGGCUUAAGUGGAACAUUUUUUAGUCACAUUAAAAAAAAAUUUGAACAUAAAAUAAACAAUGAAAAAAGUUGCAGUAUAAGUUUUGACGAAAUGUAUUUAAAAGAAUUUUUAGAAUAUUCAAAAGACUAUGACUUCAUUGAAGGAUUUGAAGAUUUUGGACAUUAUGGUCGAACAAAUAAAAGUGCGAAUUGCGUAAUGGUGUUUAUGGCUCGAGGAUUGUAUUCGCCGUGGAAAUUUCCAGUUGCUUACUUUUUGGCUCAUUCUGGAGUAAAACAAUAA